CUCCUCCUCCUCCUCCUCCUCCCUACUUGCCCCUUCCUCUCUUUUGCGUCUCUUCCUUUCAUCGGAUCUUCCUUCACUCGAUCUCGAGCGGCAUGAGCAACAAGGCGUCUCCCGGUCCCGGGGACCAGGCCUCCUCUCCUUCGCCCCCAGGGCAAGGGCCCUUGCACUCGCACCAGCACCCGCACUCGCACCAGCACCAGCACCCGCACCCGCACUCGCAUGCACACCCGCACUCGCAUGCCCAUCUCCAUAGCCAGCAGAUCUCGGGUCAUGGUGCCCCACCCGCGCAGUACUACUACGCGCCGGCUGCCACGCAGCACCCGGCCUUCUAUGCGUCCAUGGGGUAUGCCUACCCCGGGAGCUCGACACUUGCCGCGCCAGAUCCCAAUCAAACACCCGAUCGCAGCAGUUCAGGGCCUUCCUCCCAGGCGCCCCCCGGCAUCGGCGGCAAUGCCCUACGGUCGGACUUUCAUCCCUCGGGCUCAUCAACGGCUCCAGGGGCCACGGCAACUGGCCCGGCCUCGCCCCCAUCGCCACAACACUAUGCCCAGGCGUACUACGAUCCGCGAUACAUGGCGGCCGGUGGUGGGCCCCAGGCUCCGGGGUAUUUCUACCCUGCGGCGACUCCUGUCCACCCGGGCGAGCAUUUUGCCUCGGUUCCUGGCAUGUCAGCCCCGGCGUACUAUGGCCAGACGCCCGGCGGCUAUUACUAUUACCAGCAGCCGGCGACGCCGUAUGUCCAGCCGGCGGCACCCCCUGCAAUGAACAGAUCUCCCUCAACAACAGCGCCGGCACCGAUGCCGACCCCCUCACCGGCAUCGGCAUCGGCGCCGGCGAGUUCACCAUCCUCGGGGCCUGGCGCCUAUGGAGACACUCUGGACGACGAUGACUCAAUGAGCGUCCUGGAGGAUGCAAGCCCGCUCGACUUUGCCGGUGUCUAUUUGGAGUCCGAUCUGGAGCCUGAUGCCGAGCUGGAUCUCGAUGGGAGCAUUCCGCCGGGUGGGCAUCCUCCCGACGGGCUGGACAUCCAGCAGCCGGCCAUGGCAGCUGCAGCCACCGCCGCAGCCACCGCCGCAGCCACCGCCACAGCCACCGCCACAGCCACGGGCGCCGGCGGGUCGAUGACGCCUCCUGCAUCGGGCCCCUCUGCGGCUUCCUCGGCUCAGUCUGCGCCCAAAAAGGCGACGCUGGCAACCCCCCCGGCAAGCCCUCAAGCCGUGCCCUCGCCAGGGGCUGAUGUCGUGUCCACUCCAGGUGCUCGAGCCAUGCCCCCUUCCUCCGCUGCUGCGUCCGGUUCCUCCUCUGCUGCCGAGAUCCCUUCACAUGCCCCUCCUGCGACAGUGGCGCCAGGCAGCACGCCGGCCGGCCCCAAUGGGCUACCACCCCAGUUCCUGAUGGAGGCCGCCCAAUCCGAGGGGAUGGCCGCCGCGUUGGCCGCCUUUACAUCGUCCUCGGCCAGCAGCAGUCCGAGCAACAGAGGCGAGAAUGCCGGCAGUGCCGGCGGCCGCGACAACCCCGGCAGCCCCAGCUCUGGUGGCAGUGCUGCCGGUGGCAGUGCCAGCAACGCCGGGGCUUCCUCCACCGCCCACAAGCCCAACAACUGGAUCCACUCGACCUCGGGCAAGGCGGCAUCUCAGCUCCGGACAAUGGUCAACGGUGCGCAGGGGCGCCUGGCGGACACCGUGCAGCAGGCCUUCCGCCAGUCGAGCUCGAGCACUUCACUUGCCGGGGCAACGAUCUCCGGCGUAUCGGCGCACGUGGCUUCGCGCUUGCAGUCGAUUGCGUCGAUUUUCAUGAGCGUCAUGGACCUGGCCACCGGCCAGACAGCCAUCAAGGCGGCACACGCGGCCUCUGAUCGAGCCAAGGAAUUGUACGAGGAGUCGCUGAAGGCCGAGCGCCAGGCUUUUGCGCGGUUUUACCGGUUUCUGGAGGACUCCACCAAGGCGCGUCAGGCAUAUGAGGCGGCACGCAGCCGCGUGACCGAGGCGCACCUGGAGUGCAUGCGCACGCCGACCGGCUCGCACCCGACGGCCAUCACACAAUCGCUGGCCGAGCUGGACAAGGCCACGCGGAAGUUGGCCGAGCAUGAGGCAGCGCACCAGAAUACACUGGCUCGCUUUGCGAAGGCGGAUGCUUCACUGCGGAAUGCCCUGGCCGAGCGGCACACCCUCUGGGCCCGGUGGAAUUCCCUUGCGCAGGAUGCCCUGGCCCGUGACCGGCGAUACACCGACCGGAAUAGCCGGCUGGGGUUGAUCUUUGUGGUGGUGAAUAUCGGAAUUGCACUGGCUCGGUUUUACGGCGAGCCGGCUCGCGUGGCCGCUCGAGCGGCGCAGCGGGCCGCCGAAACCAUGGACGAUGUGCGGAGCAUCACGCAGGGCAUCGCCCAGUCGAUGUCCUCCGGCGGUGUGGCCGUCGCGGCGGCCGGCGCCGCCGGCGAUGCCGCGUCCCCGACCGGGCCCCCGGCAUCCGACAACAAUGGAGCCAUGGCUGCCGAGCUUCGUGAGCUUGCUCUCCAGCAGGAGGCCCUGGUCCAAAAGCUGGAUCGGGUCCUGGCGCGGCUUGGUGAUGACGCGGCUGGGGCUGCCUCAUCGAGGGUUCCACUGGCCUCCCAAGCGACAGUCGCCCCGGCGGCCGAUGUGCCGGCUCCCCCGGCGGCCGAUGUGCCGGCUCCCCCGGCGGUGGACACCGCGACCCCUCCAACCUCCGAUGUGACUUCGCCUCCCAUGCCCGGGGGGGUGACUGUCCCAGCGGCGUCUCAAGAGCCCCCGGCGUCGGGUCCGGGCGCUUGCCAGCCUGACUCGGUGGCCGCCGGCUCGGGUGGCAUUGUCUCUGACGAGGCUCUCCGGGCAUUCCUCUUUUACUUCGGCGCCGGGACCCUCUGCCGGCCGACCGGCACGGCGUUCGGCGACUCAAUCUGUGUGCCAGAUGUGCAGGUGUCGACAGCGGCGCCGACGUCGGGGGCCUGGCCGACGGCCGUAUGGCCGGCAGUCGGCUGGCGCCCGGUGACCCCCUCGGUGUGGGCGGACCCGGCUCACGCCCGGGCCAUGGCAGCCUUGACGCACCCGGGGCUGAUGGCGUCGUUGGACCGGCAUCUGGAGGCCGCUUGGCCGCGAGCCGGCCUGGUGCCGGGCUCCUUGGCUGGCAGGGUGCCGGCUCCGUCUGAUUCCAGCGGCGGCUGGUGGCCGAGCAGCAUGAUUAGCCGCCUUAGUGGUCUGCCUCCUGUCACUCUUCUUGUCGGGUCCACCUCGGUGACCGUUGCCCUGUCUGCCUUCACACUGUUCCUUGCAUCCUAGAGGCGCCGGGGCUUGUUGAGCAGGCCAGGGCCCGGGAGACGCGCGAUCGCCUUCUCCCCCCUCGACACGUCGCACCACGGCAAGUGUGCAUGCGCUGUGUGCCAACAUUCCGGGAGCGAGCAGCAGCCACAUCCUCGCACAAGUGGGCAUAUGUGUCCAUGUGGAUGCGUGUCAUCGUGGCCUUCCUCCCUGUCCCUGUCCUUGUCCUGCGCGUGGUGGCGCGAGCCCACCCACCGCAGGUAGAAUAAAGCAUUUCCCCCGGGGCCAGGCGCGGCCACCUGGAAGUUGGACAAUCUCGA